UUUCCGAUUGGUCAACGGUUCUAUUCGUGUCACAAAACAUGAUUCGCAGCUCGACUUGAACUCGACGUGACAAAUUUUGUGUGGUCAGUUUACAGUUUCGAGUCAUUUCAUUGAAUUAAUUAUAUUUAUUGAUUGAGAAAUCCAUUGAUAGAUUCAUUGGUAUUUGCUGGUGUGUUUACAGAAACAAAACUGUGACACCGGAGGGAGACACAGUAACUGAUAUUUUCCCGGGGACCUUUAGCUCAGUCGGUCGCCUUUGUUCAGUUACGUAACCGGGUUUGUACCGUCGCCGCUGAAAUCUGAGUUACAUCACGUCUGCGUGAAGCCCGAGAGCGUCGACGCGUCCUGUCGACCUCCUGCAGAGUCGGUUGAACUGGACAUACCCGGUUUCCACUCCACCUUUUCUGAAGUCCGGAAGCGGAUUUGGACGCGAGGUAGGGGGUCAGGAGACAAGAGUCUUGAAGGACAGAACUCGGGGACACAUUGAUGAUCCAGCUGCUGCCGUUGGCUGGAAGCUGGAUCUGGACUUUUAUCGUGUCCAUGCGGAUCAACACAGACGAGUGACUACGGGACAAAAAUGUACAACGUUACAGGAACCAGCUGGAAAACAGUCCAGCAAAGGAAACCGCGGGGGACGGGGACCGGCGGCAAAACCCCUCGGUCACGGAGCUGGGGUUGCCGCAGCGUCCACAGCACCUCCGCCGGGCGACGUGUGGGCGUGGAACGUCCCCAGGACCACCUGAGUCCGUGCGCCUGGUCUCAGCCGGCAGCGUUCAGCCUUCAAACCCGGUGCCACAUGCUGCAGUGGACGCGCCGCACGUGGAUCUGUCUCGGCUCUCAGACCAGAACUCUCACCUGGUAUUUCCCGUCCCCGGACCCAAGAGGCGGAAGCGGCUUCCACACCUCCCUCUUCCCCUCCAGGGAGCCGGGGGCUGCACGGCGGUGCGUCCCCCCGCUGUUGUACAGCGGAGCGCUGAGGUGCGUGCAACCGGUGUCAGCUUGGGACAAAAGGAACCGCGCGGUCGGUGAGCACGAGUCUUUUCAACUGGACGGGACGGAGCGAUCUGAGUCAGAGAAGCGGUUCGUGAUUUACCGCCGCAGUGAUGCUACGGUUGAACCGGCGCCUCUCGAUCGAAGCUUCCUCCAAGUGCAACACGUGACACUGGACCGUCUUGACGAGGUCUACCUGUGAACUGGACACUGAGCGUAGGUGCGCGUGACUAAGCCUCCACAAAGACCCCAGAUCUUCAAGGUGGCCGGGUGACACCUCGCGCUCUUCUCACCCGUCGGCGUCGUUCUGCUGCUGCCCACACGUUCACCUGUUCGCGUGAGCCGGACAGAACCUGUCGACGGGGGUGAGGACGGACACGCCUGAGAGAUCAGCAUCAGUCGGGAGAUUUCUUCUACGGGGCAAGUGAACACGUAAACCUAAAGUCCUCCGGUAACUCAGGAGGUUUUGCUCCCAAAAACCCCGAAGCUUCAACCAGAGUAUUGCUGCGAGAUCUCCCGAGAAAAGACUCACAACCCUGCGUUCCGGCACAGAUUCCCCAUAUGAAACACGCUGAGCCAGUUUAUAAAACCUUCCGGCACAGCAGAGGCUCUGGAGCUGCGGCCUGGGGUCCGGCCACGGGGUCCGGCCUGGGGGUCCGGCCUGGGGGUCCGGCCUGGGGGUCCUCUAAACAGGAUCUAAAUCUGUCAGUAAAAAGCUCAGUGUCUCCCUCGGAGCCGUGGCGGUGUAGAAGCAUUAAGGUGCAUCAACUGGAAAUACUCAAGUGAAGUACAAGUACCUCGAAACUGUACUUUGAUCCAUCACGGUCUGGGAGUUUAGUGCCCCCCCAGGAUAAUGACUCUGGACUCCCCGUGAUUAGGAAGGCAUUCCCGUUAAGAGUGACUGGUCUUGUUCUGGGAUUCAGUGCCAAAGCCAGCAAACUGAGCAGCUAUCAUCACAUUUAGUGUGUGCGUGUGUGUGUGUGUGUGUGUGUGCGCGUGUGUCGAGGAGGUGUUUAGCAUCAGAGCACUUUUACAAACUGAACUCUCCGCCGCGCGUAAACCGUGCGUAAAAACAGCAAAUCCGUGCGCGCAAAACCUCCAGAAAUGUAAGUAUCUGAUCCAAACACCACCCGACAGGUGGGCUCACGCUUAUCAAAUGACCCCCGCACACCCAGGCCGCCCCGGCGUCAGCCACUCACUCACCCAUGUUGUAGCCGUACGGG